AUGGGUGACCGGACCGGAUGCGGGAGCGGGAAGCAUCAGCGCGGUGGGAUUGGCGGCAGCACGGGGAUCGAGUGGAAGGCUACCAACCCCGUGUUCACCCUCCCUUGCUUCACACGCGCAUCUGUCUCUGCACACUAUUCCUCCCCGUCCCCUGCGGGAGUGGUGAUCCAGGCUGCCCCACGUGUCAGCGCGGGCAGCGCUGCUCCUUCCGCGUCUCCGUUGCCAGGGCGAUGGGUGGUGAAAGCAGUUGGGUCACUCAGGUGGGUCUUCAACCGGUGCUCGCCCCGAGAGCUUCCCCCAUCCGAGUGGAUAGGCGCGUUACACGAGAGGGGUAUCCAUGAGAUGAGCAUUGUGGGUGACAGCCACCAGCGAUUCCUGGCGGCACAUCUGAGCUUCCUGCUCACCGCCCAGGCGGACAGGGGUGUGAAGCGGUGGCGGGACAGCCUGGUGUUCCACGCGCGUGACAGCAGCAGCCGCAUGCUGCGAAUCAACUUCCUCUGGAUCGAUGGGAUCUACAAGGAUGGGGAAUUUGGCUGCAUCCAUCGCAGCAGCACCACCAACCGAUUGGAGGCCUUCCCCGAAAUCUCCACCACUGCUGACGUCACUCUCUUUGAAGGAGGCUACUGGGCAGCUUCCUUCUGCCGCCAGCCCCUCAAGGCGCUCCGAGUGCACCUCGAGAAAUUCGCACUCUGGGCACUUGCAGCUGCGCCCGCAAAAGGAAGGGUUAUUUUCCAAACUAUCCCGUCUUUUCCGGUGGCGGGGGACCGAUGGAGGGGGGAGCGGAGGGGGAGGGAAGAGGAGGAGGUGGCGAGAGGAGAGGCGUGGGCGGAGAGGGGAGAGGAGUCGAGAGAUUAG